GAAGGAUAGAAUCAAAACAAAUGCUUCCGAUCAGUUAAUGUUUUGUCGAUUUGGUGGUUUAACGUUGAAUGUUAAAAAAGAACCAUGGUUCGAGUGAAGCAUAGAUACAUUUUGGUGCAGAUACGGUGCAAUGAUCGGCCAGAAAGUGAGCCGGUAUCGAUUUCCUCCGCUGCCCUGCAAUCGUAUAUUCGUGAACGGGUGGAAAAAUUCUAUGGCGAUUUCGGUGUGGCCAGCUUAGCACGGUUAAAUGUGAUCUAUUUCAAUGCCAAAACGCACCUAUGCAUCGUGCAGACACGGCACGGCGCGCACAGGUUCAUAACCAGCAUACUGCCCCUGUUGACGCUGGCCGACAAGGAAUCCGCUCGCUACCGAACGCUUUACGUUGGUGCUACCCUGCAGCAAUGCCACAAGUACAUCGUCAAAUACCAGCAACACUACAUUAACAAAACUAUUGGCAGCUACCGGGGCUUGGUGCAGAAACAGAAACUUAUCGAGGAUGUCACCAGAAUGAAACCGUUGUAACGUUUUUCGGCAAGUAAAACACUUUUUAUUACUCUAUGCACUUUGGUUCCUAUACAA